UUCUCAGCUGGCGCCGAGAACAAAAUAUUUCGGGAGCGUUGGAGUUAUUUUCAGAUUUCUGAUGGGGACCUCAGAACAACGCGAGGAAAUAAUCAUCCUGAGUGAUGACGAAGAUGAUAAAGACACUUCCUGCCUAAUUGUGGAAGUGGAAGCUGUGAAAAAGACUGUUGUUUCACCCAUAAGCCCCCAGGAUGAAGACCUGGUGGUCACCUUCUCCCGUCGGCCUGACGUGUUUCCUCACGCCCGUUACGACUGCCCCAUACAUCCUUUUAUGCCUACAGAUUGCGAGAGGACUGCUCCGAUGGCCAAUAAUCAACUUAUUUGUGAUCAGUGCUUCUGCUACAUCUGCGACAAGCUGGCAUCACUGUGUGGGAUGUGGUGCAGCAGUGGAAUGUGUCACUGCAACAGCCACAACAAAAGUGACUUUUGGAACAGCGUUAGGAACAGGACUCUCCUGGGGGAACUGCAGAGAUUCAACCUCACACUGUCAGAAGUCGACCAUCAUCUUCGUAAUGCAGACACGAUGUUGCAAAGCUUCAGAGGCGAACUGUCAGCUCUGUUUUCCUCCAUUACGUUGGAUCAGGCGAUGGUGCCAGAUUACAACAUGAACCAGCAGGACCUGAGCUCCAGGUAUGAACCUGUGCUUGAGUGUGUGAACCUGUUCCUCAAUAAAGCCGACAAAAAGAACAGUCGGGCUGCGGCCAUCAUGCAUCUUGGAGCUGCUGAAGAAUUUAUGAGACAUUUUCAAGAGUUGGGGUUCAUGGGUUCAUCUUCAGCUGCUACAACCUCUGAGACUAUAAUAAUGUUACUGCACAGAGUAAUAUCAUCAGUACAGAGAUGUAUAAUAAUGGGUGACAUUACGCCAUCGUUUAUGCAAAAACUGCAAACUUUUUACCAGAACAGGAUAUGUUUCCCAGCUGACAUGAGGUUGCUAAAAAACAGUCUGACCAUCCGACCCUGGCAGGACAUCCUGCUGGUGUCGGUGCUGAAGGGGCAGAAUGUGUCGGGAGUCCGAAAGGACAAGGGCAAGAAGGACGUCCUGCUCGAAACCAUUUCUGUGGUUUUGCUGAGAACUGAACUGCUCCAGCUUCAGUCCAGGUACAGAGAGUUGUGUCGGUAUCUGCGAGUUGUCCUGACCGAUAACAUCACACUGUAUCAGCAUCUCCAAGACCUCAUUCCUUUCUUCAAGUGUAAGUUGGGAGAGUUUGGGUCUGCAUUGGAAAGCCUCUUUCCCCCGGUCAACCUCCCCGCCUCCCGCUUCACUCCGGCCAUUUUCCUCCUCUACCUCCGAAUAUUUGAGACGGCAACGGCACCGAGGCUGACGGUCAGCCAGCCGGAGCAGCUCUGCUUCUCUGGGGCAUCCUGGGAACCGAUUAAAGAUGCUGUGCCACUGAAGAGGUCUGAGCUGGUGAAGUUUGCUCUCAAAGCCCAGAGAUGCUCCUUGUCGGUCUACUCAGAUUCUCAGUGUUGGACCAGUUUACUGAAAGUGGUUUGCUCUCCUCAUGGCUCUCCGACUGCCUUGCCCGUACCCAGCCAACAGUUUCUAUACGAGUCGCGGGAUGCCGUUAUAAACCAGCUCAAUCAGCAGGGUUACAACAUACAGAUUUCCCGCUGCUUUCUCAGGACAUACCCAGAUCAGGCCUUGUUGCUGUUGGUAACAGGAGCCUUGGGUGUCAGAAUCCUUCAGGGUUCUUUUAGUCCAGCUCUGCCUGUUCUCCAUGCUUAUAAGGACAACUCGUGGGCCUUUCAGUGGCUGUGUGACGGCAUGACUUCCAGUGAAGACCGUCUCAGCUCCUUCCUGAAGGAGAUCACACACGAGUCGUCCAACACACCAGGAAAUCAGACUGGUUGUUGAUUUCAAGCCCUUCCAAGAAACGUUUUCUGCAGAGGUUCAGCUCUGAAGCUCUAAAGUCUCGCCUUGUUGAUCUUGCCUGUGCUGAGCCUACUUCUUCUGAAAAGAACUUUUUCUUUUUUAACUCGAUGUGAAGCCAUGUGGGACUUUUGUUGCAUUUCUUGCUUAUUUUAAGCACCAUGACGGUAACGCUGAGCAACAGUAGGAUUCUGCUGUCAUGUGCUGUACAUUUGAACCUCUGUCUGCAGCGCGGUGGAUGGCAGGAAUGUGCAUCACGUGACACAGAGAACUGUACUCUUUCACACUUUUGUUACCAUAAAUUAACAAUUUUGUUCUCAACACAUUUUCAGUUUGAAUUCCCUCAUUUAUCUGAAUGUAAUUUAAUGAAACUGGUUUUUGAUGCGGUGUACAACAACACUGGUUUUAGACCAUAACCUGUAGAUGUUGCUUUAUACAGUUUGAUAAUCAGUCAGCUGUUUAAAAAACAAUUUAGACAAAGCUGAAAGAUAACUUUAAAAUUAGUUUUUAUUUAAUUAUUUGGUUAAGUUGAUAAAAGUUCCUAUGCAGAUCUGGUUUACAGACAUGCACAACAAAAUGAACAUUUCAGAUGGAAAAAUAAUUAUUUCCAUACUUUAUUUUCUGUCUCAAGAAUGUAUUCAUUUUCUACUUUCAACAGUCGUAUUAAAUCUACUUUAAAUAUCAACCAAAUACUUGCUGAGUCCAGCUAAGGUGGAAAUAAAUUCUGUUUCUGCUCCUUCUAAUGAUUUUUUUCCUUGUUCAUUAGGACUCAUAAUGCCAUCAGUGUUAAUAAAUUCUGAGAUAAACUGGUUUAAUAAAUGAA